AUGCCUCCUACUUCUGGAUUCAGGAAUGUUGCGUAUUUUGUGAACUGGGCAAUCUACGCACGCAACUACAACCCGCAAGACCUGCCCGCUGAAGAGUUAACACAUAUUCUCUACGCUUUCGCCAACAUACGACCCGAAUCUGGCGAGGUCUAUCUCACCGACACUUGGUCCGACACUGACAAGCACUACACCAACGAUUCCUGGAACGACACCGGCAACAACGUUUACGGAUGUGUUAAGCAGCUGUUCCUCCAAAAGAAGCGCAACCGCAAGCUAAAAGUGUUGCUCUCGAUUGGAGGCUGGACGUACUCCGCCAAUUUUGCCCAGCCAGCAUCAACACCUCAGGGCAGAGCGAAGUUUGCAAGCAGUGCAGUCGAGCUCAUGAAGAACCUUGGAUUUGAUGGCCUCGACAUCGACUGGGAGUACCCCACAAACGAAGCCCAAGCAAACGACAUGGUGGCUCUCCUCGCCGAAACCCGUCGCGCCCUCGACGCAUACUCCGCCCAAAACGCAAACAACCAGCGUCUCCUCCUAACAGUCGCCUCGCCCGCAGGCCCCACAAACUACAACAUCAUGAAACUCGGCGCCAUGGACCAAUACCUCGACUUCUGGAACCUGAUGGCCUACGACUACGCCGGCGCAGGCUUCUCCAACGUCGCCGGCCACCAAGCUAACGUGCAGACCUCCUCCAACGACCCAGGCAGCACGCCCUUCAGCACCGACCGCGCGGUCCGCGAUUACAUCUCCGCGGGCGUGCCGGCCUCGAAAAUCGUCCUCGGCAUGCCGCUCUACGGCCGCGGCUUCGCCAACACAGGAGGACCCGGCCAAGCGUUUUCCGGCGGCGGCCCGGGGACAUGGGAGGCGGGCGUGUAUGACUACAAGGUGCUUCCGCAGGCGGGUGCGCAGAUCAACACCGACACUGGCAUCAUGGCGAGCUGGAGCUACGACGCUACCCAGCGCUUCAUGAUCACGUACGACACGCCGCAGAUUGUCGCUGCGAAGACGCAGUAUAUUCGCCAGCGCGGGUUGGGCGGCGCUAUGUACUGGGAGAGCUCGGGGGAUAAGAAGGGGAGCGAGAGUUUGAUCUCGACGUUUGUCAACACUAUCGGCGGCGUUGGCGCGCUCGAUCAGAAUCCUAAUCUCCUUAGCUUUCCCGCCUCGAAGUACGAUAAUCUGCGUAAUGGCAUGCCGAGCAAUUAG